AUUUCACUUUUUUAGUAAUGAUGGCGCACUUGCGAAAGGUGGAUAGUUUUCUGUAGGUAAUCUUUGUUUUAUUUAGUGCGGUGAAGUGAAAAUAAGGUGACUUUAAUGCCGUACCCCAGGCGCUUCUCCGCCAAGAUGCCAGAAUUCGACGACGACGUCACCGUCGUCGAUGUGUAUGAUCUGGCAUCGGAUAUUGGCAAAGAAUGUGAAAUAAUUAUCGAAAAAUAUGGCCCUGACGCAGUAACUGCACUGCUGCCGAAGGUGAUAAAUGCUCUGGAGCUGCUGGAGAAUCUAGCAGUGAGGAAUGAGAAGGAGAAUCAUGCUUUACAGGAGUUGACGGCGAAGAUAUCUCAGUUGGAGAAUGACAAGAUAGAAAAGGCUGAGUACAGACAGCGCUUCGAAAAGGAAAUAGAAGCGAUUGAAGAACAAUGGCGGACAGAGUCUGCGGAAUUGGUGACGGCAGUGGCCAGGCUCCAGGAUGAGAACAAACGGCUACGGAGGACCAUAAACGCGCCCGGCGAUGGUACCAGUGCGCCUCCGUCGCCGGCUCGGGAACACGAUCAGGAGGUGUUGUCCAGGUUGAGCAGCACUGCGGAGAAGCAGAGGGCGACCCUCCGCCACCAGGAGUUACAGCUGCAGGAGAAGCAGCAACUCAUUGAGGGGUUGACCAACCAGGUAGAGAAGUUGGCGCAGGUCAGUCGCGAUCUCCGGCGGAAACAUAAGCAACUACAAAAUCAGAUGCGGUUAGUAUGCGAGGAAAGGUCGGAGCUGACUGCAAUAGUGCAGUCGCAACAGAGAGACAUCGCCACGCUGCAGCAAGCGGACGCACAAAACAAGAAAUGUGCCGCAUGCGGCGCGUCGACGCCUGACGGUGACGACGAGGACCAGUCGUCAAAGCCCACAUUCAGCGUGCGCGAACUUCGUGCUAUACUACAUGAGAGGAACGAGCUGAAGUUGAAGCUGAACAGAGCUGAGGAACAGCUGCAGGCGCUGCAAGUCGAACCACAGCCGGACAGUGGUUCAGACACGUCGCCGUCGCUGAGCAGCACGGUGACCGCGGAAGAGGAGGAGGCGCCGGUGCAGGGCCCGCUGCCGGCGGAGCCCGACGACGCGCCCUGGAAACGGCACAGCGGCAUACGCAAGUUUUUUCGCAAGCUCUUUGCUGAGUCUGAUAUCACCGUGGGGUCGUUCCCGCGCCGCUCGCUGUCGUCGCUGGCCAGCAAGAUGUCCGCGCCCCCCGCGCCCCCCUCCGCCCCCGCGUAGACACUCGCUGCCCCCCCUCCCCCGGCCACCGCUCGACCCCCACUCCCCCCACCCUCCGCACUCCCCGCACUCCCCGGCCCGCUCCAAACUCGACCUUAGACAGGAACUCCUCAACUCCGAC